AUGGCGUCCCGGAGACUAGCUUUGAACCUCUCGCAGGGGCUGCGAAGCCGGGCUGCUCUUUCCAGAGCGAGCCCAAUUACCCGGGGCUUCGCUACGCCUUCCAACACCCCCUUCGGCAAGACUCAGACGACAACAUUGAAGAAUGGACUGACGGUCGCCACCGACUACUCGCCCUUCGCCCAGACCUCGACCGUCGGCGUGUGGAUUGACGCCGGCUCAAGGGCUGAGACCGACGAGACCAAUGGCACCGCACACUUCCUCGAGCACCUUGCCUUCAAGGGCACCACAAACCGGACGCAGCAGCAGCUCGAGCUCGAGAUCGAGAACAUGGGUGGUCACUUGAACGCCUACACCUCGCGCGAAAACACCGUCUACUUCGCCAAGGCCUUCAACUCCGACGUUCCCCAGACUGUCGACAUUCUUGCCGACAUUCUCCAGAACUCCAAGCUCGAGGAGUCCGCCAUCGAGCGUGAGCGCGAUGUCAUUCUCCGCGAGUCCGAGGAGGUCGAGAAGCAGAUGGAGGAGGUCGUCUUUGACCACCUUCACGCCACCGCCUUCCAGCACCAGCCCCUUGGCCGCACCAUCCUUGGUCCCCGCGAGAACAUCCGUGACAUCACCCGCACCGAGCUCACCAACUACAUCAAGAACAACUACACUGCCGACCGCAUGGUUCUUGUUGGCGCUGGUGGUAUCCCCCACGAGAAGCUCGUUGAGCUCGCCGAGAAGAACUUCAGCGGCCUCCCGACUUCCGGCCCCCAGACCUCGGCCUACCUCCUGUCCAAGCAGAAGGCCGACUUCAUCGGAUCUGAUGUCCGUGUCCGUGACGACAACAUCCCCACCGCCAACAUCGCCAUUGCCGUUGAGGGUGUCAGCUGGAACGACGACGACUACUACACCGCCCUCGUCGCCCAGGCCAUUGUCGGCAACUACGACAAGGCUAUCGGCAACGCCGCUCACCAGGGCAGCAAGCUCAGCGGUUUCGUUCACAAGCACGAUAUUGCCAACAGCUUCAUGAGCUUCUCCACCAGCUACAGCGACACUGGUCUCUGGGGUAUCUACCUCGUCACCGACAAGCACGACCGCAUCGACGAUCUCGUCUACUUCGCCCAGCGCGAGUGGAUGCGCCUUGCCCGCAACGUCAGUGAGGCCGAGACCGAGCGCGCCAAGGCUCAGCUCAAGGCCUCCAUUCUCCUCUCCCUUGACGGCACCACCGCCAUUGCUGAGGACAUUGGUCGCCAGCUCGUCACCACCGGCCGCCGCGCCAGCCCCGCCGAGAUUGAGCGCACCAUUGACGCCAUCACCGAGAAGGACGUUAUGGACUUUGCCAGCAGGAAGCUUUGGGAUCAGGACAUUGCCAUCUCCGCCGUCGGAAGCAUCGAGGGUCUCUUUGACUACUCCAGACUCAGGGCCACGAUGAAGCCCAAGUACUAA